UUCCACCCGCCAAUCAGAAAACAGAGAAAUCACAAUCCCUUGCGAUUGCCUGAUUGGGGCUUGGUCAAUAUUUUCCACUGCUCCCACCCAACUCCUCCUCCUCACUCCUAAUCUUUCUCUUUCUCUCACCCAGAAUUAACAACAAUUCCAUUAACACAUUUCACGAGCUCUAAACCUCCAUCUCUCUCUCUCUCUCUCUCUCUCCCCCUGAUUUCUAGGGUUAGGGUUUUGGGAGCAGUGCAGUGCGCCAUGGCUGUGUCCAGCAGUCUCGCUGCCUCAUUUACGGGGGCCAAAUUGGAGACUCCUCUAUUCUUGAAUUUGGUCUCAUCCUCGAGGUCUUCUUCUCAAUAUCGCAUUUUCUGCAAGCCCGCCCGCAUUCGGCAAUCCCUAAUUCAGAGAGGGGCUUCCUUAAAUUCUAGGUGUGAGGUUGCGUCUGACGCCUUGGUUGACACCGAUUCCACCAGGUCUUCCAGCGUCUCUGCUCUUGAACAGCUCAAGACCUCUGCUGCUGACAGGUAUACAAAGGAAAGGAGCAGCAUUGUGGUCAUUGGCCUUAGUAUUCAUACUACACCUGUUGAAAUGCGUGAAAAGCUUGCAAUUCCAGAGGCUGAGUGGCCACGAGCCAUUGGUGAGCUGUGUAACUUGAAUCAUAUAGAAGAAGCUGCUGUUCUCAGUACCUGCAACAGGAUGGAGAUAUAUGUUGUAGCUCUAUCCCAGCAUCGCGGGGUUAAAGAAGUGACUGAAUGGAUGUCAAAGACUAGUGGGGUUCCUGUUUCAGAGCUUUGUCAUCACCGGUUUUUGCUGUAUAACAAGGAUGCUACACAGCACCUGUUUGAGGUAUCUGCUGGGCUAGACUCUCUUGUCCUAGGAGAAGGUCAAAUCCUUGCUCAAGUUAAACAGGUUGUAAAAGUUGGGCAAGGUGUUGUUGGCUUCGGGAGGAACAUUAGUGGGCUGUUCAAGCAUGCAAUCACUGUUGGAAAGCGGGUUAGAACUGAGACAAACAUUGCUGCUGGUGCAGUUUCUGUAAGCUCAGCUGCUGUGGAACUGGCCCUCAUGAAGCUUCCUGAAUCCUCACAUGCUACCGCCAGAAUGUUGGUGAUUGGUGCGGGCAAAAUGGGGAAGCUUGUAAUCAAACACUUGGUGGCAAAAGGAUGCACAAAGAUGGUCAUCGUGAAUCGAGGUGAGGAAAGAGUUGCCGCAAUCCGAGAGGAGAUGAAGGAUGUUGAAAUAAUCUACAGACCUCUUACAGAAAUGCUAGCCUGUGCUGCUGAAGCAGAUGUGGUUUUCACUAGCACUGCAUCAGAAACCCCUUUGUUUUUGAAAGAGCAUGUUAAGGAUCUCCCUGUUGUUGGUCAGGAUGUUAGGGGUUUGAGGCUGUUUGUUGAUAUCUCUGUUCCUAGAAAUGUCAGUGCAUGUGUCUCAGACCUUGAAACUGCACGAGUUUACAAUGUUGAUGACCUGAAGGAGGUUGUGGCUGCUAAUAAAGAGGAUCGACUCCGAAAAGCAAUGGAAGCUCACGCAAUUAUCACAGAGGAAUCGAAACAAUUUGAAGCUUGGAGAGAUUCGCUGGAAACUGUUCCCACUAUCAAGAAAUUAAGGGCCUAUGCCGAAAGAAUCAGAGUCGCAGAGCUGGAGAAAUGCUUGUCAAAGAUGGGUGAUGAUAUCUCAAAGAAAACAAGGAGAGCUGUGGAUGAUCUUAGCAGAGGUAUAGUGAACAAGCUCUUACAUGGUCCGAUGCAGCACCUGAGAUGUGAUGGCAGCGACAGCCGGACCCUGAGUGAGACCCUUGAAAAUAUGCAUGCUCUCAAUCGAAUGUUCAGCCUUGAGACAGAGAUAUCUUUGUUGGAACAGAAGAUUCGAGCCAAGGUGGAACAAACACAGAAGUAAGCUCCUGUCUCAAAUGUCUCCAAUAACACAUCUUUCACUUCCUCAAAUUUGAAUAAGGGGAAAACUUCCUCACCUGUCAGUAGUAGUAUUAUUACUGUUGUAAUCUUCAUUCAAAUAGAUAAACAGUAAAGGUCCCUGUGGGGAAAAAUUCAUUUGUUGGUAGUACCCUUUUGCUUAACUCUCAUUCGGGUUUCCUUCACGUCCAAGUGUGUUCUUUGGUUGCCAUUCGGCCUCGUUGGAUACAAAUGAGGAUUUAUAAGGUGAGCUUAAUCCAUGUACUGGAUGUUGUGUCCCAACUCUAUGGUCUGUAUCUGGAAUUCUAUCAUUCCAUGUAAUUAAUCUACUGAUUAUUUCAAUUCUGAGAUUUACAUGCUAUUUUGC